GUAAAGAUUGUGUUUGUGUCCACGUCUCUAAACACUGAUCUCACGUUGCUUUGCACGUGUGUUUGAUGUGCGUCGGCAUGUCAACCAUUCGCUCUUCCUUCUGGCGCGGCGGCGUUUGCAAUGCUCUCAUUUUUCACAAAUCCGAUCUUCCCACAGACCGAACAAAAUGGCAGCCUCUAUUUGCAGCGGCCAUGGGCUCUCCUGAUCCGUACGGCAGGCAAUUGAACGGCAUGGGAGGCGGCGUCUCGUCUCUCUCCAAAGUGUGCGUUGUCUCACCGUCUACACGAGAUGAUGCCGAUGUGGAUUUCGAGUUCGUUCAAGUUGUCAUUGAUGAUGGGACACUUGAUUUCGCCAGUAAUUGUGGUAAUAUGAUGGCUGCCAUUGGACCAUUCGCCCUGGACGAAGGGCUUCUCAGUUUGGUCUCUGCGGCAAACUACGCAAGAGUACGCAUCUACAAUACCAACACCAAAAAGAUUGUCAUUUCUUCAUUUCCUAUAAACGGAGAUGAUUCAAAAUUUGACCCCCAUGGAACUAACCGAAUGGAUGGUGUUCCGGGCACAGCAUCAAGAAUCUCGCUGUCUUUUCAGUCGCCUGGUGGAACACAGACUGGGAAAGUGCUGCCCACUGGUCUAGGCCUAACAUCCAUGAAUGUCACGGACAAGAAGGGAAGGAAGAUAAAAGCCUCGUUGUUGGACGUCGCUAAUCCAGGUGUAUAUGUUGACGGCAGCGAUCUUGAAAUCCGGCCGGAUAUUGCGCCUGCUGAACUAGACCAUCAAAAGGAAACCUUGGCUUUAUUGGAGGCUAUUCGCCGGGAGGCUGCAGAACUGAUGGGUAUGGAUCCAAACACGUCGAGCGUGCCAAAAGUCGUGAUAUUGUUUAAGCCUAUUGAUAAAGAGGUGUCUACCGGGGCCAAUAUUAAAUGCUUGGUCCUGUCGAUGGGGCAAGUUCACAAGGCAAUCCCUCUUACUCUGGCGCUAAAUCUAGGUGUCGCCUGCCAAAUGGAAGGAACAUUAGCCUCCAGGCUAGCGAAGAAUUUAUCUCAAGAUAAUACAGUGACAAUACAGCAUCCUAGUGGGGUUAUCGACGUUGGUGUGGAUAUAUUGGGGGAAGACGUCUUGAGUGCCUCCUUGUGCAGCACAGCAAGGCUGUUAAUGAAGGGCGAGGUGAAUGUUGAUUAGGGAAAAGGAUAAAUAUCGAAUAGUAAUGCAACACGGUUGUUUUCGGAAUAUGCUGAGCUUCAUCCUGUAAUCAGCAUUAUUUACCUAUAAUACUUGAUUUAGCCG